UCAGGCGGGUAAUGGCUGCUCCCGAGCUCCAGGGGGCUGCAGCCCGACUGGAGGAGGAUGUCGGUGGGAGCGGCUGCGGAGUCGGGGGUGUCAGUGAUGAGGACAGUAAGGAUUGUAUCCUGGAGCCGCUUUCCCUGCCAGAAAAUCCAGGUGGCACCACCACUUUAAAAGGUUCUCCAUCUGUGCCUUGUAUUUUCUGUGAAGAACAUUUUCCUGUGGUUGAACAAGACAAACUUCUAAAGCACAUGAUUAUUGAGCAUAAGAUUGUCAUAGCUGAUGUCAGGUUGGUUGCUGAUUUCCAAAGGUACAUUUUAUAUUGGAGGAAAAGGUUCACUGAACAGCCCAUCAUAGAUUUUUGCAGUGUGAUAAGAAUUAAUUCCACAGCUCCGUUUGAAGAACAAGAUAAUUAUUUUUUAUUGUGUGAUGUUUUACCAGAAGAUAGAAUUCUUAGAGAAGAGCUUCAGAAGCAGAGACUGAAAGAAAUUCUGGAACAACAGGAGCAAGAACGAAAUGAUAUCAAUUUUUAUGGCAUUUGUAUGUUUUGCAGUGCAGAAUUCCUCGGAAACAGAUCUGUUCUUUUGAACCACAUGGCCAGAGAACAUGCUUUCAACAUUGGAUUGCCAGACAACAUUGUAAACUGCAAGGAAUUUCUAUGUACAUUACAGAAAAAGCUUGACAAUUUGCAGUGCUUGUACUGUGAGAAGACCUUCAGGGAUAAAAAUACACUUAAAGAUCACAUGAGGAAAAAACAGCAUCGUAAGAUCAAUCCUAAAAACAGAGAAUAUGACCAAUUUUAUGUCAUCAAUUAUUUGGAACUUGGAAAAUCAUGGGAGGAAGUUCAGUUGGAAGAUGAUCGGGAAUUACUAGACCAUCAGGAAGAUGACUGGUCUGACUGGGAAGAACACCCUGCCUCUGCAGUCUGCUUAUUUUGUGAAAAGCAAGCAGAAACAAUUGAGAAAUUGUAUGUCCACAUGGAGGAUGCACACAAAUUUGAUCUUCUCAAAAUAAAGUCAGAACUUGGGUUAAAUUUCUAUCAGCAAGUGAAACUGGUCAAUUUCAUUCGGAGACAAGUUCACCAAUGUAGAUGUUAUGGCUGUCAUGUGAAGUUCAAAUCCAAAGCAGACUUAAGGACUCACAUGGAAGAAACUAAACACACUUCGCUGCUUCCUGAAAGAAAGAUGUGGGAUCAGUUGGAGUAUUAUUUUCCAACCUAUGAAAAUGACACUCUCCUGUGUACGCUGUCGGACAGUGAAAGUGACCUGACAGCUCAGGAACAAAAUGAAAAUGUUCCCAUCAUCAGUGAAGAUACAUCUAAACUGCAUGCUUUGAAACAAAGCAGUAUUUUGAACCAGAUACUACUACGAGAAUGCUUGAAAAACUAGAAGAAACUACCACAGAAGCAGUUUUUUAUGUUUUUCUCCUAUGAGACAGACAUGAAAGAAUACAGUAGUUUAAAUUUGAACAUCGGCAAAGGAUUAGUCCUUGGUGAAAUAAACUUUUCAAAACUGAAUGUCUCUUCAAAAACAAAGUAGAAAACUAAAACGAAGACUUUUUGUAUUUGAGCUAUAAAAUGUUAUUGUGUGAUCAUCUUAAAUAAUCUCAUCUCAUUAAACUUAUAAUGAGUUACAAAGAAA